AUGUACUUCUGGAGGCCGUACGGAGGAAAACGAGAGAAAUCUUGUGCGGAUCAAGGAGUGAGAAUCGAAGGAACCGGACAAUGGCAGGGUAAGGUCUACUUUUGACUUUGACUGUAAACUUUAUAGAAUUCAAUUUUUUCAGGGUAUGCGGCGCACAUUUCCUCGGUGAAACUCUCUUCGUUCGGAGGACACGUGGAGGCAGGAGAUGAGAUCGGAGAGGCACUCAAUCGGUACUGCUUCAACGAUCGGGGACAGCAGGAUGUGGAACCGCAUGUCGAAGUGAAAUUGUACAAGGAAGGACGGCUCAUCGACCCGACACAUCAUCUGCAGAAUUGUAAGAGAGCCGGAGAAAGUAAAGAGAGAUGAGAGAUUGAUUUGUUUUGAGGUAUGUGCACUGGCCAGAUCUGUGAAUCCAACACCCGAAACGUUCUGCUGGGCGAUCCUUUCAAAACUGACAAGUGAGUUUUCCAAUCUUGAGCUACAAUGCAUUUAAAGACGGUUCAGACGUUUCAACGGAGUGCGUGGAUGGGACAUCGAGUGCCAGAUGAUCAACGACGACGACGAGGACCCGCGCGCGCCGAUGGUCUACUCGCCGAUCGCCGGAGAGACGGUCGGCCGGAUCCGUCUGUUCACAGAUGCGAACGGCGCGUACACCGGAUGCGACAACGACGGAAUCUUCAUUGUCGGCAUCGACGAUUGGAUGGGCUACGAGGCCCGGCUCUACAAUGUGAAGGCUCGCGCCGACAUCGGAUUCGGACGGAAGCGCAUUGUGCAGGGAGAGCCGAUUGCGACGAGAUUGGACUGCGAGAACAGUCCGGACAGUGUGUUCCUCGAGGUACGUGCAAAGGAAACUUGGCCUACACUUAGAAAGACUGCAGUUUUUAAGUCAAACUACUGAUGAUCGCAUACUGAUGAUAAACUUCCAUCGAACCUGAAUUAUUUUGAAGAACAGUGUAGAAUUGAAAUUUUUAUCAAAAAUCAGCGAUGUCCAUGUUUGAUUACACAUUUCUCAAAAAUGUUCUGCUUCAAACAUAUCUUAAUUCACGGUCUCCAGAGCUGACAAUGCCCGCCCAAUAGAGCGAUACAUUGGCGCGAAAUUCAAAUUUUAACAGCAAACUUUGUGUUUUUUGCCAGAUUAGCCACGAAAAACCGAUAAUUUCUCAUUUGUCUCUCGAUAGACCGAUUGUAUAGGCUAUUACGAAUUUUUUAAGCGCAAGAGCGUUAAAUUUGGUCAAGUCGCAAAUCAAAUUUAUCCGUUUGAAGGUUUUUGGCUAAAACUGCGUGAAUUUCAGUUGCAUUUCGGUAGUUUUCGCGGUUCGAGCGCUCAAAAUGCUUGUAUUUACGUGAUUUAUCAUUCUCAAACCCAAUUCUGUCUGAAAACGGUCGAAAAAGCGCAAAAUGAGAAGUGCGGUUUCGGCGGCGAAGGCGAAAAAGCAAAGUCCGCGAAAAAUGCGCAAAAACGUCACGAAUUCUGAGAAUUAGUGUGUUUUCAUGUCGAACAAUCAUUUUUCAUCGCCUUUGACCACAAAAAUCAGAGAAAACCCCCUGCUCAAUUCAUGAAAACGCCAUUUGGCCGAGGCCACGCCCAUAUUGUCAUCUCUGGAGACUGUGUAAUUGUAAAAAAAAAAUGCAAAAAAAAGCCCAUUUAUUGCAGAUUCGCUACGAAGGAAGAGUGGUCAAUAUCACGGAUAUCAUCACUGCUGCCAACUGCAAAACGCCCAACUUCCCCGUUUUCUAA